AAGUCGGGCUAGCACAACUACUAGAGGCUAUGCUGCUGCGGCCGCUUCGUGGCUGGGCUGCCCGGUCGCUGCGUAGUGCAAGCCCCAGAAGUCCCGGAAACCUCCUUUCGGGCACCGGGCCGCUGUGGGCACCUCACCGCGCCUGGCCUCCGGAUAAAGAUAGAGAAAAUGAUAAAGAGAGAAAAGCCGUGGUUUGUGUUGAGGGCAAUAUUGCAAGUGGGAAGACGACAUGCCUGGAGUUCUUCUCCAAUACAGCAGACGUUGAGGUGUUAAUGGAGCCUGUGCUCAAGUGGAGAAAUGUCCGAGGCCACAAUCCUCUGGGUCUAAUGUACCGCAAUUCCAGUCGAUGGGGCCUCACACUGCAGACUUACGUGCAGCUCACUAUGUUGGACCAGCACACUCGUCCUCAGAUGUCACCUGUACGGUUGAUGGAAAGGUCAAUUUACAGCGCAAGAUACAUUUUUGUAGAAAACCUGUAUAGAAGUGGGAAGAUGCCUGAAGUUGAGUAUGUGAUUCUGUCUGAGUGGUUUGAUUGGAUCAUCAGGAACAUUAAUGUCUCCAUGGACCUGAUAGUUUAUCUUCGAACCACUCCUGAAAUCUGCUACCAGAGAUUAAAGACGAGGUGCAGGGACGAGGAGAAAAUCAUUCCAAUGGAAUACCUCAGUGCUAUUCACCACCUCUAUGAGGAGUGGCUGGUCACCGGCAGCCUUUUCCCAGCUACAGCCCCCGUUCUGGUGAUUGAGGCUGACCACGACUUGGAGAAAAUGUUAGAGCUCUAUGAACAAAACCGGGCCCGGAUAUUAACUCCAGAGAAUUGGAAGCAUGGCCCAUAGGACUGGACAUGGCCACAGUCUACAAGCCAGUGCCAGGAAUAGCUCAGUAGGGCCAGGUUAGCUGUUUAGGAGCAUCUGGAAGAAUCUACUCUCAGGAGUGUGUGUUACCUGGUCAGAUCUAUUGUCUUUAUGGCCUUUCAUUAUGGGACAAAUGGUUUUUGUCAUCAGGUCCUUGCAGCUUACAUUCCCCCUGGUACCCUCCUUCCUGGUGGUUUCCUGAGGCUGAAGUCCUUUGGAAAAACACUUGCUGUGUCCCUAGUUUUGUUCUUGCUUCUAUGCAUCAGGCCACCCAGUUGGGCAAGGGAACAUAGUCUUCUAUCCCAGUCAAGGAUUUGAGGCUCAGAGAGGUGCAGGAACUCUUCAAGGCCACACAGCCAGUGCAUAGUGGAGUUGGCACCAUUCAGACACCUGGUUUGGUCUGUUUCCUCCUGAGCUGUUCCCCUCAGCCCUACCGUUCUGAGCUUCAGCCGCCCCUCCCUGUACCACCCCCUCCACUCUGUUCUUUGUGAGAAGAGCUGGCAGUAUGUAGACUCCAUUACAUUUCACUACUGGGCAAGGUUCAAGGAGAAUUGACAUCAGUAGUUUCUGGCACACCUCUGUUAUUUGGCCUGAGCCCAGCGUUUCCUGGCAUGAAGGUUCUGCAGCCUCUAUGCCUUUGUCAUCUGGAUCUUAGUGUCUGUAGGGGGAUCAUGCAUCGGCCGUUGGAUGGUGUCAGUGUCAUUGAGGAUGAAGACCCUUCCCAGACUGCUGCCAAUUUUAUGUCAUUCUGUGUCAGAAAAAAAGACUCUUGGGACUUGGACACUAUGCCCUGUUUGGAGUGAAGCCAAGGGCAGUCAGCUGGGCUUCCAGGGCUCCAUCACUCUCUCCUGUCCUUGUGUGAGGAGCAGGGCCCUUGGAAUUACUGAGUGUUUGUGGCCCAGGGAGAGAGACAUAGUGGCCUUAGCACUUUUGAACUGUUUUUCCAUCUGAGCGGAUGGAUGUCUUGGACCACAGAGCAUGAAGCCAUCUGUGUUGGAUCAGAACGUGUCUUAGCUUUGCUGGGCCAUAGCUGCACACCAAGGUGCAGCUGCUGCUUGAACCAGUGAGACCAAGAAAAAGAAAAAACAUUCCUCUGGGGACAGUGGGACUGGAAAGUCAGGCUUUGCAAAUAAAGGCAUUUAAAGUCUUA